AUGGAGCCCUCGCCAAACACCACCGAAGCGAAGACCAGUGCCAAUCUUACCCUUUCGAUAUGUUCUUCUGCUUACCAAUGCUUCUCAAUACUGACUCCGCUCACAGUUCUCGAUGCCCCUAACCUCCGCGACGACUACUACUGUACUCUACUCGCAUAUUCCUACACCUCCAAGUGUCUGGCUGUAGGCCUAGGAAACUUUGUUCAUCUCUGGUCUGAGAGAAACGGUGUCAACACACCAGACUCGCUGAACGCCGUGCCGCCAAACGGUCCCGCAGAUGUUCAGCACGUCACAUCCUUAGACUUUUCCUCUACAGCAGGGGGUCAAGCUAUCCUUGCCGUGGGACGAGCCGAUGGCCGCAUCUUGCUAUGGAGCCCACUGGAUGCUGAGCCACGCUUCGAUGCAACACAACCCAAGCCUGUAUCUUGUGUAUCCUGGAGACCGACUGUUGUGCAGCGCCCUUCUCUCCGAGAUAGAGCAAUGACUGUAUCGACUGAAGAGUUGCUCAUCGGGGACGAAGUCGGUCACAUCUACUUUUACAGUGUGGAGUGGCCGUCAGAGACGCACAGUGAACUCUUCGGUUGGACUGGCGCCAUGACCCUGCUGGCUCGACUUUCAAUCCACAGCCAACAGAUCUGUGGCCUAGCAUGGUCAUCCGAUGGUGAGCUUUUCGCGAGUGGAGGAAACGACAACAACUGCAACCUGUUCGAAACGAAGAAAGUGCUUCGAUCGAAUCCAGCAAGCGAAAAUACAGCAGCCAUCUUGGACGUCCGCGAAGGCCCUCGUGGCGAAUCCAUCUACACCGUAACCAACCGUAGCAACAACGCCGUUCUACACCUCGCGCAAUCAGCCGCAAAACACACAUGGACACUCAAUGCCGCCGUCAAGGCCAUGGCCUUUUGCCCCUGGCAACGCGGGCUCCUAGCCGUCGGCAGCGGCUCAAACGACCGCUGCAUCCACUUCUACCACACACGCUCCGGCACCUGUCUUGCCACUAUCGACUGCGCAGCUCAAAUCACUAGCCUCAUCUGGUCCCAGACGCGCCGCGAGAUCGCAGCAACAUUCGGCUUCGCACAACCCGAACACCCCUACCGUGUCGCUGUCUUCGCCUGGCCCAGUUGCGAACAAGUCGUUGCCGUUCCGUGGUACGACGAGAAUCGCGCGUUGUGUGCAGUUGCUUACCCAGGCGGUCCCACGAGCGGUCCGCAGACAGACGACGAUCGUGGAGGAAGGGCGAGGGGUGAAGACUGGGUGUGGUCGCGGAGAGGUGUUGAGGAAGGUUGCAUUGUUGUGGCCGCGAGUGAUAUGGCGAUUCGAUUUCAUGAGAUAUGGAGUGAUCGACGGGUUAGUAUGGGCGCAGGCGGCUUGCUGGGCGGUGGCUCCAUGGGCUUGUUAGGCGGGAGUGAUAUCCUUGAGGGGCCUUAUGCUGGCGGUAUUGAAAGGCAGGGCACGAUUAUCAGGUAG